GCCCCCUCCCCGCUCCGCGCGCCCCCCCCCCGCCCCUCCCGGGGCUGCGGCGGUGCCGUUCCCGGCCGGGGCCGCCGGGGGCGCCCUGACCCCCCCGCCCCCCCCCCGCUGCCGGUGCCGGUGCGCGGCCGCGGAGCGCCGGGACCCGCCGGCGGAGCCAGGCCGGUGUCGUGGGGGGGCAGAGCCAUGAGCGUGGGCUGAGACCCCCACCCCGACCCCACGGGACCCCCGCCCGCCCCGAGCCCCGCCCACAGCCCCGCCCGCCGGCCCCGCCCGCGCCCAGGAUGCGGGGGGCGCAGAAGCCCCUCUGCCUGCUGCUGGUGGCCACGGCCUCGCUGGCCGCCCUCUACCUCCACCUCUGGGCGCCCAAGGGGCCCCCCAGCAUCGACCUGCGGCGCCCCCCUCCCGAGCGCCUCCUGCCCCCCCCGCUGCCCCCCCCCGCCCGCUCCUACCCCCACGUCCCCUUCCGCCUCAAGGAGGAGGUCAUGGAGCUGCUGCCCAGGAACGGCUGCUCGUGCGAGGCGGAGCCGGGGCUGGCGCUGCCCCUCCAGCGGCAGCUCUUCGGGCAGGGCCCCGGCGUCGACUUCGCCAGCGCCUUCGCCCCCGGCGAGCGGCCCCGCCUGCAGCGCCAGCGCGAGCGCGAGUACCACAGCUACCGCCUGCGGGUGCAGUCCCCCGCCGACCGGCUGCUCAUCGUCCGGGCCAACUCCCCCCUCGAGUACCCGGCCCAGGGCGUGGAGGUGCGGCCGCUGCAGACCGUCCUGGUGCCCGGGCUCAGCCUGCAGGCAACGGGCAGGAAAACCUACCAGGUGAACCUGACGGCCACCAUGGGGACGCUGGCGGUGGCGGGCGUGGUGGAGGGCGUGGAGCUGCGGGGGGAGGGGCAGCCCCUCCUCUCGCUGGCCGCCGCCCGCCUCGACCACCUCAACCGCCAGCUGCAGUUCGUCACCUACACCAACACCCUCUUCCACCCCGACACCGCCGACAUCGUGCAGUUCUCCACGGACGGGCACACCGCCGCCUUCGCCAUCCGCAUCCGGCACCCGCCCACCCCCCGCCUCUAUGGGCCGCCCCCCACCGCGGACGACGACGGCGAGGGAGGGUACAACAUCUCGGCGCUGGUGACCAUCGCCACCAAGACCUUCCUGCGCUACGACAAGCUGCGGGGGCUCAUCGCCAGCGUGCGCCGCUUCUACCCCUCCGUCACCAUCGUGGUGGCCGACGACAGCCAGCACCCCGAGCCCCUGCAGGGCCCCCACCUCGAGCACUACCUCAUGCCCUUCGGCAAGGGCUGGUUCGCCGGGAGGAACCUGGCGGUCUCGCAGGUGACCACCAAGUACGUGCUGUGGGUGGACGAUGACUUCAUCUUCACCCCCCGCACCCGCCUGGAGAAGCUGGUGGACGUGCUCGAGAGAACCAGCCUGGACCUGGUGGGGGGCGCGGUGCGGGAGAUCACGGGCUACACCACGACGUACCGGCAGCGGCUGAGCGUGCGGGGGGGCGGCGCGGGGGGCGACUGCCUGCGGACCCGGCCCGGCUUCCACCACCGCCUCGCCGGCUUCCCCGCCUGCGUCGUCACCGAUGGCGUCGUCAACUUCUUCCUGGCCCGAACCGACAAGGUCCGGCAGGUCGGCUUCGACCCCCGCCUGCGCCGGGUCGCCCACCUCGAGUUCUUCAUCGACGGGCUGGGGGUGCUGCACGUGGGCUCCUGCGAGGACGUGGUGGUGGAUCACGCCUCGAAGCUGGCGCUGCCCUGGCGCCGGACGGAGGGCGAGCGGCAGUACGCCCGCUACCGCUACCCGCCCGCCCGCGACGACAGCCUGCGCCUCAAACACCGCCUCUUCUUCUUCAAGAACCGCUUCAAGUGCAUGGCUGGCAACUAGCCCCUGGCCACCGCUGGCCACCGCCCGGGGGCACCCCCGUGGGCCACCCCCAGGGUCACUACCGUGGGCCACCCCCCUCAGGGGCAUGCCCAUGGGCCACCCCCCCAGGGCCACCACCCAGUGCCACCGCCAUGGGCCACCCCGUGGGCCACCCCCCCCGCAGGGGGACCCCCAGGGGCACCCCCCCAGGGCCCCUACAGGACUUCAGCCACCCUGGAGCACCCCUGACCCCUCCCCCUCCCCCCGCGGUGUUUUUAGCUCUUUUGUACUUUGGGGGUGGGGGGUGAUGGGGACCCUCCCCACCCCCCAGGGGACCCAGGCAUCCGGGUGCCCCCCCUUUUGCCCCCUCCCUGCCCUGAGACUCAGUUUUCUAUUGUACAGCCCCCGCCCUGCGCUGCCACCAGGAUUUUUGUGCCAAGUCUCGGCCCCUCCCCCCACCCCUGGGACCCCCAGGACCGGGAUGGGGGAGGGGCGGGGGAGGGGCUGCCCCCCGCCCCCCCCGCCCUUUUCUACCCAAUGG